AUGCCUCGCGGACCUACCAAGCACCAGAAGCGCCUUAGUGCGCCUUCGCACUGGCUCCUGGACAAAAUGUCCGGAACCUAUGCUCCCAAGGCCUCCCCCGGUCCUCACAAGCUCCGCGACUGCCUUCCCCUCAUCGUGUUCAUCCGUAACCGUCUCAAGUACGCCCUGAACGGCCGUGAGGUUAAGGCCAUCAUGAUGCAGCGUCUCAUCCAGGUCGACGGCAAGGUCCGCACCGACCCUACCUUCCCCGCUGGUUUCAUGGACGUCAUCGGUAUCGAGAAGACCGGCGAGAACUUCCGUCUCAUCUACGACACCAAGGGCCGUUUCACCGUCCACCGUAUCCAGGCUGAGGAGGCCGAAUACAAGCUGUGCAAGGUCAAGCGUGUUCAGCUCGGCAAGGGCGGGAUCCCAUUCUUGGUUACGCACGAUGCGAGAACCAUCCGCUACCCUGACCCUGCCAUCAAGGUCAACGACACCGUGAAGGUUGACAUUGCCACUGGCAAGAUCACUGACUUCGCCCGCUUCGACACUGGUGCUGUCAUCAUGGUUACCGGUGGUCGUAACAUGGGUCGUGUUGGUGUUGUCACUCACCGUGAGCGCCACGAUGGAGGUUUCAACAUCGUCCACGUCAAGGAUGCUGUUGACAACACCUUCGCCACCCGUGAGACCAACGUCUUCGUCAUUGGCCAGGAGAAGCCCUGGAUCUCCCUCCCCAAGGGCAAGGGUGUCAAGCUCACCAUCGCUGAGGAGCGUGACCGCCGCCGUGCUGCUGCCAUUGCCAACUAA